CCAACGGUACACUGCCCAAUACCCAACGGUCCACCGCCCGCCCCUCUUAGCUCCCUACUCCCUACUUCACUUCACUACACCCCACACCAUUUUCUGUCUUCUUCUUCUUCUUCCUCAUCGCAUUCUUUGUUUUUCCUCUUGUCUUCACUGUCUUCCGCUUUAUCUUAGCCCUUCGUUCUCAUGGACGCUGUUGUACUUGAUGUUUCCGAUCCCACUGGACCCAACCCCCAAAAUCAAAAUGGGGUUCACUCCGAUCCCACAUUGCGCCCUGCUGCUACUCACCCCGUGGUGCUUUCACCGGAGGAGCAGAAAACGCCGAUUUCCAGGGCAGAGAUCGACACCUCCGCUCCCUUCGAGUCCGUCAAGGAGGCCGCUUCUCGAUUCGGCGGAAUCGGUUUUUGGAGACCCGCCUCCCAGAAACCCUCCCCCAACUCCCCUCAGGGUGCUGAGGAGUUUGAUAUUGCGAAAGUGGAGGAACAAGCUGCCCAGUUGGAAAAGGAUCUGAUUGCCAAAGAAUUGGAAACAUUUGAUGUCCUUAAAGAAUUAGAAAGUGCCAAGCAUGUUGUGGAAGAACUAAAAGUAAAGUUGCAGGAGGCAUCUAAGCUCAGUGAUUCGCUUAAUGCAGACUCUGAAGCUAAGUUAGAUGUUGCGUUUGAGUUAGACGAUAAGAAGGAUGGUGAUGAAAAUGUUGAUGGAAUCGAUGGAAGAAAAACCGGUGAUUCUCUUGAUACAGAUGCUGCAUUCGAGUUAGGAGAGAAGGAAAGUGAUGAGAAUGUUAAUGGUGGUUCUGAUAUGUGUGUUUCUUCAGCUCCGGGAGUCGUUGAUUCUGGCCUGCAGUUUGUAUCAGUGCCGGUUUUGUUGGAGUUGAAGCAAGCUAAGCUGAACUUAAGCAGGACUACCAAUGACCUUGCUGAAAUUCGUGCUACGGUUGAAUCAUACAACAAGAAAAUUGAGAAAGAGAGAGUCUUCCUGGAAAAGACUCGACAGAGGCUAUCUUCAAAUACUGCGAAAGUUUCAUCUCUUGAGGAAGAGAUAAACCAAACCAAGCAGAAAUUGCAGCUGGUGAAAGAUUGUGAAGAUGGUUCUUGUGAUUACAUGGAUGUCACGAGGGAACUUCAGAGGUUGAGUUCCGAGACCGACCAGUGUAAGAACAUUGGAGAGGCUGCAAAGUCGGAGGUUCUGAGAGCCAUGCUUGAGAUUGAGCAAACAAAGACGAGGAUUAAGACUGCUGAGAUCAGGUUGGUUGCAGCCAAAAAGAUGAAAGAAGCAGCUAGAGCUUCCGAGGCUGUUGCUCUUGCGGAGAUCAAAGCCCUGUCAAACACGGAGAACUCAUUUACAGCUUUGAAAAGAAAACCCGAGGAGGGCAUAACACUUAGCUUUGAGGAAUACUCAUCUUUGACCUCCAAAGCUCGAGACUCAGAAGAAUCUUGCAAGAGGAGAGUCGUAGAUGCAACACUUCUAGUCGAUGAAGCAAAUGUCUCAACAACAGAAAUCUUAAAGAAAGUGGAGGAAGCCACAGAAGAAGUUAAAAUCAGCAAGAAGGCGUUAGAAGAAGCACUGAGUAGAGUGGAGGCAGCAAAUAGGAGUAAGCUGGAAGUGGAAGAAGCCCUGCGCAAGUGGAGGUCUGAACGUGGUCAAAGAAGACGUUCUAUACAGAACUCAACCAAGUUCAAGAACGCUUACUCAACUCAACACCGUAAAGAUUCUCAGCUCCUUGAUGUGAACGGUCUCACUCUCAUUACUGACGAGGCAAAACCAGUUUUGAAAUCAUCCCUUUCAAUAGGUCAAAUACUGAGCAGGAAGUUGCAACUAGCCGAAGAAUUUGAAAAUGGGAUUCUGGCAGAAAAGAGCAGUGGAAAGCGGAAAGUGUCACUGGCUCAAAUGCUCGGUAAGACAAACAGCAGCCUCACCAAUUCAAAAGACGACAAGGAGAAUGCCCAUAAACAGCAGCAACCCCCAGCAAAGAGAAAGAAGUUCGGCUUCUCACGCAUCUCUCUUCUCGUGACAAAACAAAGCAAGAAGAAGAAGCAAACCCCAAGUUAUAGAUGCCGCAGUGUGUAAAAGAGAACAGGUGAUUGAACCAUCUGUGGUGGAAAACGGAUUUCCUUUCUAAUGCAUGAUGCCUAGUGUCUGUAAUUAUCCCGAGACUAGUUACUUACUAUGGUUGUUUAAUCUAGGAUUGUAUUGUUGGAUUGCUAAUUCCGUUUAUGUAAUUAUGUUGAGACUAGUUUACUUACUAUGUUGUUUAAUCUAGGA